AUGACUCGAGACGAGGCCACUAACUCUACCACCAUACGCGAAUUCAAUUUCCAGCAAGAGUUCAUAAAUGAAAAACCAUUUCCUUUUCAGAUUAAUACAACCGGUACAUGUCAGACGAUCAGUGAUUUGCGUUCAUCAACUCGCUAUAUCGUCUAUGUGACGUCGAGAAACGAGUAUGGUACUAGCGUGCCUAGUGUAAGGUCAAUCGCAAGCACCAAUAUACAUACCGUGAAGAACAAUGAAACACUUCCGGAUGUGAUGAGUGAGUUUAAAGCUGCUUUAUAUUUCGUAGAUCUGCUUGAUUGA